AUGUGCUACGGUAUUCUGGACUUAAUACUUUAUCAAUACUUGAGGGAGGUUGAAGUGAUGGAAGACCAGUUAUCUGAAGAUAACAGUGGAGUAACUGAGUUAAGUUAUGUAAUAACGGAGCUGGAUGAUAACCCGAGUGAUGUGGAUGACAGAAUUGAGAAUAAGGUGGUGGAUUAUUACAUUGAGAGUGGGUCAGACGAUGAGAUUGCAUCAAACCAGGGCAAACCAAAAAAGUUUAAGUCAGAGUCCUUCAUCAAAACUCUUAAAACUCUAGUUGACAUUUCAACCGAACCUUUGGUGGACGAGUGUUACUCACUUUCCUCUUCAGAUUCUGAAGGCUCUGACUCGUUUUCUCUCGUUCCUGUCAUUUCCAACUUAUCUAGCAAGUUCAUUAAGCACACUACGAGGCUUUUCAAUAACUCUCAAGACGAUAUACCAGAUACUCAACCUGACAAUGAUGAAGAGUUCAGUCAAGAAAAUGAACAUGAACACGUAAAUGAAGAAAAUGGUAAAGAAUGGAAUAUUGAAGGAAUUGUUAAAUGGUUUUAA